UGGGGGAAUGUGUUGUCCCUAAAAUAAGUGUGUCUUCAGGCUCCUGUACAUCCUCCUUGAUGGCAAGUGCUGGGUCUCGGUACCAUUUUCAGCGUAUGUUAGUGAUAAUAAACCUGAUUCGAUCUUGGGGAGUGACUAGAAGCGGAAACUCCACUGGACCCAUGCAAGAAGCUGAUGGGUAGGGGGCUUUCCUCAUUACUUUCCCAGCACCUGCUGUAACGGCAGAUGGGUAUUGAUAUGAGGGGGAUAGUCACACAGCUCUGAACGGGCUGAACGGCCGCUGCCCUGAGGGAGAUGUUGUGAUUACCACGUGGCUGAUUGAAGGCCACGCCCCCGCACGCCCCGCCCCUGACGCCAGCAGCCGGCCCGCUAUUGGCUGUUUCGAAUGGCGCUGGUUUCUGCCUGAAUGGCGGUUUAGCUGAUCCCGGUGAGCUCCAGGAUUUGCAGGAGAUAGAAACUGAGCCGGGACGCUUCUGGACAAAGGAGAGAGAAACUUAUCCGGAACGGUCCAAGACAGGGCAAGUGAUCCGAGACGUCCUGGAUUUGCCCCGGGACGGGUAGCAUGACUGGACAGGGCCAGGACGGCCCGGGAUUUUAGGAGAGAGCCGGUACUUUGCAAGUGAAGGGCCUGAAGCACGUUGAGGAUCCCCACCACCCCUCCCACAAUCUCUUUGACCCUCCACCAUCGGGAAGGAGGUACUGGAGCAUCAGGACUAGGACUGCCAGACCAGGGAACAGCUCCUUUCUUCAGGCUGAGGGUUUUUCAACAGAACUGUCAGUCCCAGAGAUGGUGCCAGCUUUAACAAAUCUCUUAUAAAGACUUCUGCCUUUCAGUUGGAAGAGACAUCGCUGAAGGAACAAUGGCUCUGCAGAAAGGUCUUCGGAUGUGGUUUGGUGAUGAGCCUUCAUGCUCGCGGAGUCCAUUGACUCCAAGACACGGGCCAGGACUCUCAGACGUUUCGCAAUACGACCAGUGGCUGGCUGUUCGACACGAGGCUACACUGGUGCCAAUGCAGGAAGACCUGUCUAUCUGGCUGAGCAGCCUGCUUGGAAAGAAGUUGAGACCAGAGAAUUUCAUGGAGGAACUCGACAAUGGCGUAGUACUCUGCAAGCUGGUCACGUUUCUCCAAAAGAAAGUGAAAGAAUGCGGGAAUCUGGAGAACAAGGAGCACUUCUCAAUGAGGAAAGUCCCGUGUAAAAGUGAUGCUGUUUCCGGCUCCUUCUUCGCUCGAGACAACACUGCCAAUUUCCUGUCCUGGUGCAGAGCGAUUGGGGUGGAUGAGACCUACCUGUUUGAGUCUGAGGGGCUAGUUUUACACAAACAGCCGCGGCAAGUGUGCCUGUGCCUGCUGGAGAUUGGUCGUAUUGUGUCCCGGUUUGGUGUGGAACCGCCAGUGCUAGUGAAACUGGAGAAGGAGAUUGAGCUUGAGGAAACCCUGCUAACCACCUCCACAGACAGGAUCCCUGCAGCAAUCCCAAAGCCAAGUUGCUCCAACAAAGAGCUUCACCAAGCAGUGAAGAUCAUUGCAGAUGAUCCUCCUUGCAAUUGCUCCCAUCGGUUUUCCAUUGAGUUCUUAUCCGAAGGACGUUACCGCCUGGGGGGCAAAAUACUGUUUAUCAGAAUGCUGCAUGGGAAACACGUGAUGGUGAGAGUUGGGGGAGGAUGGGACACCCUUCAUGGAUUCCUGCUCAAGCAUGAUCCCUGCCGACAGCUGCACCUCACCGCAUUGGAGGAGAAAAUUAUGGCUCUGGAGAAGGCUGGGCCCAGGACUCCAAGCGCACGCCAGCUGUGUUCAGGCCCCUCUCAACCUUCACCAGGCUCUGGCCCCCGCUGCCACUGCCCCUCCUCGACCCAAUCGCCUGCUCUUAGGUCUCCGCUCCACCCGCCGGCUGCAGCUGUAACUCCGGCCAGGCCUCCAACUGCAGAGGGGCAGGCCUCGGGCCUGGGCCGGCCGCCACAGAGGAGGCGCCCUGGUUUAGGCCCAGGUCCAGUCCUCACUGAGCCUGUGCCCAAGCUCAGUGCCCGCUGCCCAGCCGGGAGGGGCUUAUCGCCGACUGCUGUCUCUCCUGGGCCCCGCAGCUGUAACAGGGCCACACCAGCCACUACUGCACUCAAAUCUACCCGCACGCCUGGGUCUCCGGGCAGAGGCAAAGCCGCAACCUACCCUCAGGUGCAAGCCUCACCCCGGCCUUUCCCGCAGGCCUCACCCUCACCACGACCCCUCUCUCAGGUGUCAUCCCGCUCCCAACCCUUGCCCCGCACCCCGCUUGCUGUGGUGAAGCUGCCUCAAGCAAAGGUGCAGAGCACUGAGACACCCCGGGACAGGCCCAAGGCCCGGCCAGUGAAGGGUGCGGGGCUUACGGGCAAAGCUCCACACUCUGUCAUCACCUCCAGGCCCCGGCUGCCAAAAGCCCGAGGGGAGGAUGCUUACCUGGUAAUGAGUGGGGUCUCCCGGUCCAAGAAGUGAUAAGGGGUGGGGAGGAGGCGGGAGAAUGGCAGGAGGUGUGAGUCUUGGGAUGAGAUCUUGCUGUGUAUGCAAUGGUUGCUGUGCAUUACCCAGAAAGGUUUUCCUCUGGUUGGGUCUCCCUCCAAAGCUGCCCAGGGCGCUGAAGUAACUUUGUGUGCUCAUCUUACCCUCUUGAUGAUCAGGAGAUCUCUCUACCUUCUCCUGUCCCAGGAUAGGGGCCAUCAGCCUUCUCCCCUGUAGUCCCUCUCCUCAGUACCAGGGUGUUUACCUCUUUCACCCUCCCUCACCCAUGGAUGCUGACCGUGGAGGAAGUUCAAUUAACUUCUCCCAUCCACACUCGCCCCGCUGACGAGAGUUGAUGCACCGUUCUAAUACAGUACAGAAUGUUCCACCCUGCACAUGGGAGUGAUCAUUUCCCUCCCUCAUGUUUUGGUCUUCGUGAUGUUAAAGAGGGGCCUUUAACUUCAAAAGCUAUCCUGAAAGCGCUGGUCAGUAAUAAUGUGGAAGGCUUUGUAAGAGGCGUUUCACUGAGUGGAGGAGGUAUUUCCACUGGACCUUCGCGGUGCGCUAAUUGUCGACAUGUGCACCAUGGCCCUGUGAUGUUUCCCGCCACGUGGACCGGCAAUUUCCACCCAGACCCGGCCCCUCUGGGGCUGCGUUCAGCUGGUCAUCGUUGCAUCGCUUGUCUUUGUGAAGAUGGUGCAGCGUGGCUUCGACGGGUUGCUCAUUCCUGAACUCCAGUGUGUUGUUCGCUGAGUUGCUUCUAAACCGGUUUUGUGCACGAGGACACUACAGGAGUCAUUUUGCUGGGCCAAAGUCAGCAAAGUGGCAAAAUGCAAAGUCUUGCAUUUUUGUUUGUGUGUUUAUGUUGUUGUGAUUGAAGUCUUAACAUGUUCUUUGUGUAAAAUGGCAUUGACUGGGUGAACAAGCUGUCCUGGUGUCCUGGGACAAGCACACUGAAGUGCCCAGAUUUUCAGAGAUUAGACGGACUGGGAACUAUUUGGCUCUGUGCUGAGGUUCAUCUCCAUUGUUCCCUCUCCUGGGUGAAUAAUUUCCGUCUCUGUCCUCCGUUUGUACAGUGGUAAAUGCCAGGGGAGUUCUGGCCCCAAAGACACGUCCCUGCAUCUAACAUGUUUUAUUUAUUCUCUUUGGGCUUUCCAAAUUAACAUUAUACCUAAACUUUUUUUAAUUAUUUGGUAAAAUAUAUGUAAUUUGAACAGGUACGGCACACUGGAGUCCCAUUGUUGAAGGGUGGCAGUUUGCUCCUCCUCUCUGGGUAUUUUAUUUUACAUUUCCUGUUUUCUGUUUUACAAUUACUUGCCUCCUGCAGGAGGUGACAAUCUCCCUCUCCGCUACCCCGUUGAGUACCCAUAGAGAACUCGGUAAGGUUUUGGAACAGCAUGUUUGUCCUUUCUUGGGAAGCUGAACUGGACAGGGUGAGAGUUCUGGAGAUGUUUAUUACUGUAAAUGGGUUGAAGUAGUGGGUGAUCUGUGUGUAGUCAAACAUAGGGCAUGAAAUGCAGAAAUGUGUGGGGCUGAGCUCGAUUCGUGCCUGUUACCCCAGCCCUGUACUAACCUCAACGGCUUCACACUGGAUAUAUGCAGUACCUCCAUCUAAAGAUAUAUUUAAUACCCAACAAAAUUGUCAAUAAAACUAUGA